AUGCGGCUCUUGGUGGUCAACGAUGACGGACCCCCGUCGUCCGUCUCGCCCUAUCUUGCUCCCCUGAUUAGCGCCCUGAACGAGGCUGGCCACACAACCGUCGUAGUCAUCCCCGAUAAGCCGCUAUCGUGGAUCGGAAAGGCCCAUGCAGUCGGCAAGACCCUGACCGCAGCGAGCAGAUGCCCGCUAUCCUUCUUUUCAGAUGGCAAGACGACCUGCAACGUCGCCGGCUGCGAGGAGACCGAGGACCGCACCCACCGCUGGCUCGUCGUGGACGGUCUGCCGGCGAGCUGCACCCAGAUCGGGCUCUUCCACACACCCGGGCUGAAGCCCGAGGACUUUGACCUGGUCCUCUCCGGCCCCAACCACGGCCGGAACGCGAGCACCGUCUACGCACUCAGCAGCGGCACCGUCGGCGGCGCCAUGGAGGCGGCGCAGUGCGGGAGGCGCGCCGUGGCCCUCAGCUUCGGCAGCAAGGAGGCGCAACCUGCCAAAAUCAUCCGCGCGGCGUGCGAACGCGCCGUCGCGCUGGUCGAGGACCUCGCGCGCACUUGGCACCGCGACGUCGAGGUGUACAGCGUCAACGUGCCCAUGGUCGCCGACAUCGCUGACCGGCCGGUGAGGAUGACGACCACCGCGCACGGAAGAUGGAUCACGGGGGGUCUCUUCAGCCCCGUAGUGGACGCCGAUCCUGAAAAGUUGGCGGCGUCGCGUACGUACCAGUUUCGGUGGGCGCCGCAGCUCGCUGAUAUCAAAAGGCAAGCCGAGGAGAGUCCCGAGGGCGAGGACUUGUGGGCGUCGCUGAAUGGCGUCAUCAGCAUUGCUCCUUUGAGGGCGAGCUUUACUGCCGUCAGUGUGCAGGAAUAA